GGAAACAUUUUGGCGGUUAGCAGCUUUAGCAGUAGGUGUGAUACAAAACAUACAUAACCUACCAAUUGAAUUUACUAAUGAAGACUUAUUUUUUCAGAAAACAUUAUUACUAACGUAUGUGCAGUGAUUUUAACAAUUGUCUUUCGUAUCGGUGGCUAAGCGUUCAUUUUUAGGGAACGUACUCGUACAGUUGCUAACAAACUGUACUUACCUGAAUAAAAAAGGAACAUGGUAAGAAAAAAGCGAAGCCGUAAAGGAAGAAAAUCAGUAUCUACCAUCAUUAAGCAAGAAGAUGAUUCUGAGAACUCACAGGAAAGAACUAGUGGCCUGUACCAAUCAAAUGUGUGGAUUCAGGAUUUUGAUAUGCAGUUUACCACUAGACUUUCCAAAUUUGAUGAUAUAUUGGUUAAGAAGUUGAAAGCAACAGAAUGGCAUUAUGCCUCUGAACGUAUGAAAAUUCGUCCUGGGAUCGGAAAUAAUAAAUUAGUUGUGGAAGAUAAUGGAGAAUUUAAUUCCAAUGAUACAACAGUAAUGGAAAGCUCAGUUCAAGAAGCUGAUACAGCAUUAAAGUCUCGUCAUCGCAAGAAAACUCGCUGUGGAACUGUAACAUCAUCUACAGUUCCAACAGAACUAAGGCGAGUAACACGGAGCAUUUCAUUGAACAGCAAAGAUCGAAUGCCAGAACCUAUGGCAGUUGCAACUGUAUCAAAAUUCAAGACCCCAGCUUGUAAAUCAACCUUUGCAUCUGCUCCUAGCCUUAUAACACCAAAGGUUGCACCCAAUGCACCUUUGUCUAUGGUGCGGCAUCCUCGCCAAGGUGAAUUGGCCGUUUCUUUAUCUGGCAGUCCUCUGAUAGUCAGUUCAACUCUACAUGAGCAGAAUGCAAAUGUGAAUCUUCGCCUUGCUAAUGGGACGGUGGUGUCAAUUUUACCAGAACCGAAUUUAAGACCAUAUGAUAUUCCUCAGGUUGAUGAAGAAACAAGGCAGCAGUUGCAAACUUUGAGGGAACAUAUGAAAGCACUUAUCAACAUGACUCAUUACUGAACACUGAUUUGUCUCUAAUUUGUAGAAAAGUAGUUUAAUUUGUAACAGUGAAAGUUAGAUUAAAAAUUUCCUUACUUCUCA